AAGUACCACAGGUCAACUCGGAAUUCGAGGAUUGAACGCCUCUGGGUUGAAGUAGGAACACAAUUCGUGAGACGUUGGAGGGCUUUCUUUAGCCGUUUAGAAAGACUGCACAGGCUCGAUAUUGAGCAAACAGGUCAUUUGUGGCUUCUCCAAAAUCUAUUCUUGGAUGCUAUCAAUGACGACUGUAAGACCUUUCGUGAAGAAUGGAACCUCCAUCCAAUUGCUGGCCCAUCAACAAACAAUAAGAGUCCACAAGAUUUGCGACUGAUAAGCCAGGCAACACUUGGUAUUUACCGAGACAAUUGUGACGAAGUUCAUCCAGACACAAUUGAACAAUACUACGGCACUCACGGGCGAGAGCAGACUCGUCGUCAUGGGCAGACUGGUGCUGGCCAUCCUGAUGAUGAAGACACUAAUUCGGAGGAUCAGCUCAUCUUACAGAUAGAAGAAGACCAGGAACGGAAUAUUCGACAUGCCGCUGUUGAAGUUCCCGGAAAGAAAAGCCCCUUCGAGACUCAGCGUGAUGAAAACUUGUUUUUUUCAACAGUCGAGCAAAUAGUUACUGAGGGCAUUGUACCGGAAGGUUAUGGCUUGCUCCCGGAUGAGCAAGGUGAUGAUGCAGCCAUGACCGAAGUCUUACAAUUCGGAAGGCGCGGAACAAAAUCAAUUACCAUCUCGUUAAGUGAUCCUAUCUGGGAAGCUCGUGCAACACUUUGGUGUCAAGGGUUAUCAGCAUUAUCUUUGUUUGAAACAGAAGGAUACUUGUAGUUACAUCAUUAUAUUGAAUGAAUAAGC